CGGAAUUUUCCGAGCAGUGUGACGUUUAACUUGGGAUUCAGGAUCCGAGUUGCUGGCUGAAGCAGCAUGCAGCUUGCAACUGCCACCAGAAGACAGGUCUCAUCGAUGACCCCCAGCAAGGCAGCCACGCGUUGCCGUGGCGAUUGUGCGACCUGCAGGAGCGAGAAAAAUUUAGGACGAAGAGGAAGGAUGAUGAAAAUAACUUUGUCAAUUUUGGCCAACCACCCAGAUGACAUUGAAGCAUCCCAAUGCUCGUCAACCUCGCACUCUCAUUGCUGGCGCUGAUGCUCCCUUCGGGGUUAGAUCUUCCUCAUCGCGUGCGGUAUUUCUAUGCCGGGGGCGAGUACACUACCCUGGCAGACACCGGCGAGCACAUUCGCACCGGCCAGAUUUAUGUGGAGAAACUGACCCCCACGCGAGUCACUCAACCCUACCCCAUCGUCCUGAUCCACGGACAAGCUCAGACUGGGACCAAUUGGCUGAACAAACCCGACGGUCAACCCGGAUGGGCCUCCUACUUCCUGGACCAGGGCUACGAAUGCUACCUCCUCGACCAACCCUUCCGCGGUCGCAGUCCCUGGCAAUCGUGGAAUGGAGAGCUGGAGACUUACUCGGCGGAGCACCUGCAGCGAUACUUCACUUCUCCCGAGCGGUAUGCGCUAUGGCCUCAGGCCAAGCUGCACACCCAGUGGCCGGGAUCCGGGGUGAUGCACGACCCGGUCUUCGACGAGUAUUACGCCAGCACCGUGCCCUUCAUCAGCGACAAUACACUCCAAGAAACCGCUAUGCAGAAAGCGGGCGUCGCUCUGCUCGAUAAGAUCGGCACGCCAGUGAUCCUCCUGGCACACUCUCAGGGCGGCAUCAUGGCCUGGUUGUUAGCCGACCAGCGACCGGACCUCGUGCACCUGAUCAUCUCCCUGGAACCAGGCGGUCCCCCGUUCCGCAAUGUCGCCUUCGGGAAUGGAUCCGCCCGCGCAUAUGGCUUGACGGACAUUCCUAUCGCCUACUCCCCUGCAGUGGUCAAUCCCACAACCGAUUUGGUGACGACUGCCAUCCCCGCCACCCACCCGGAUGAGGUGGGCUGUGUGAUUCAAGCAGACGACCCGCCCCCGCGACGGCUGGUCAAUUUGCAGCGAACGCCCGUGGUGCUGGUCACCUCAGAAGCAUCGUAUCAUGCGCCGUACGACUGGUGCACCGUCCGAUUUCUUCGCCAAGCAGGGGUGAGCACCGAGCAUGUGCGGUUGGCGGACUGGGGGCUUCGUGGUAAUGGCCAUAUGAUGUUUCUGGAGAAGAACAGUGAUGAUGUUGCAGUGCUGGUGCACCAGAGGAUCCAAAGGGUCAAUUGAGUAGCAAUCAGGGAGCGUGUCAAUUGAGAAUAAUCGGUGCAUGUUGCUUUACCUCGGUAAGAUCCAUGAUGCCUGAGGCAUAAAUGUUUCCCGUUUCAGACUAGCAGCGGUCAUGUGUUUGAGCUUGUGUAUGCCUGGCUGCCUGACCGCCUUGGUGCCCUGAUGCCUUCAGUGAAUGUCUUCUGCUCUUCGGCUAGUUUUCGGCAGGAUCCAGAAUGAUUUUUGACAGCUCCGUCAAGGGACUGACUGGACCGUCCAGUAGGUCUGCUGUGUGAAUUGCCGUAUCUGGAAAUGUAACCAACUGCUCCCGCAUCCCCAAGUCAACCCAAGUCAACCAUAGAUAAUCGCUUGAUUACCGUACAAUCC